UUUCUUUGCUAUAUUUCUUAAAAUUGCAAUUGGGUUGUUUACCAUUUUGUAGUUCUUGAAUGGACCACACAGUGUAGAUGUGUUUGAUUUUAAAGGUUAUGUUUCAGUAGAUUAGCGCAUUAUAUAGAAAUAGUUCAUUGGAAAACUUAGAUGGCCCUUUUUGAUAUCAGGCAGUAUAUGUAAUUGCUGUCGCGCCUUGAAGAAAUAAGUUUAGUUAAUAGUUUUGUUAAAGAAAAAUUCCAAUUGGGUUGUUUACACUUUUGUUGUUCUUGAAUUUGGUGACUUAUGGUGAUCACAUGGUAUAGAUAUAUUUCAUUUCAAAGGGUUAUGUCUUAGACUAGGGCUUUUUUUGAAAUUUUUAAUAGGAAUUUAGCUUUUUUUUUUUUUGUUGGGGCUUAUGGUCGAGUAACUUUGAUUUUGGCGGCUAUGUCUGGGAGAUAAUAGGUUUGUGCAGUAUCUAUUGCAAAUUUUUUGGCUUUGGCUAGUGUUGCCAUGAUUUGCCUUGUUUGGAGUUCUCCUUGAAUCCUGGUAUUUCUUCAUUGCGCGUGAGCACUCGAUAAUUCGUUGGUGACAUGAUGGAUGACAAGACCAGGGCUACUUGGGUUUCAUUCCUUGUACGAUGGUACUUCUACAUUUGUUUUUAGAGCUUAGUUGAUUUUUUUGCCUUUUGUAAUCUGUUAGAUAUAAGUAGGCUUGUAUUAGUUUCAAGCAAAUAUAUGUCCAAAAAGUGAUAUUGUGAGGAAUUUCUCUUCGAAGACAAUACUAAACUAUUGGGUCCGUUUGUUUGAACGGGUAGGAGCAUCGGACUAUUUUUACCAAAGGAGCUACAAUCUGGCGUUUGGUUUCAUUUGUUAUGGUCCUGAUUUAGCAUACAUCGCAGAUUAGUGUACAAUGGAGAUAUCAGAGGAGGCAGUUAUUGUCGAUUCUAGUCGAUUGAAGUCCGUUGUAUGGAAUGAUUUUGACAGGGUAAAAAAAGGAGAAUCCUAUAUGGCUGUUUGUAGGCAUUGCAAAAAGAAACUCAGUGGUUCAAGUACUAGUGGGACAUCACAUUUGAGGAACCAUUUAAUCAGAUGUAGAAGAAGAUCAAACCAUGACGUUUCUCAACUGCUUUCAGUGAAGGGAAAGAAAAAAGAAGUAACCGUUGCCUUUACAAAUUAUAAUUUUAAUCAAGAGCAGAGGAAGGGCGAAAGGCCUAACUUUGUGCAUACUAGAUAUGAACGAGAACAAACAAAUGAUGGCGCCAUUACUUCUGGUAAUAGCAGCUUUGACAAUAAGAGGAGCCGAUUUGAUCUUGCCCGCAUGAUUAUUUUGCAUGGUUAUCCUUUGUCCAUUGUUGAACAUGUCGGAUUCCAGCUAUUUGUUAGGAAUCUUCAGCCUUUGUUUGAGUUGGUGACAUUUACUGGGGUUGAGGCAGACUGUAUUGAGAUUUAUCAAAAAGAGAAGCAGAAAGUAUAUGAAGUUCUCGAUAAGUUAACUGGUAAAAUCAGCCUUAGUGCUGAUAUGUGGUCUGCCAAUGAAAAUUCUGUUUACUUUUCUUUGACGGCACACUUCAUUGAUGGUGAUUGGCAGUUAAAGAAGAAAACUUUGAGUUUUAUUAAGGUUGAUCCUUCUCACACAGAAGACAUACUUUCAGAAGUUAUCAUGACGUAUCUAAUGGACUGGGAUAUCGAUCGGAAAUUGUUUUCAAUGACGUGCGACAGUAGCUCUACAAAUGACAACGUUGUUGUUAGAAUUCGAGACCGACUCUCCCAGAAUAGGUUUCUUCUCUGCAACGGUCAAUUAUUUGAUGUGCGCUGUGCAGCAAAUAUCAUCAAACUUAUGGUUCAAGAUGUAUUGGAAGCACUAUCAGAGGUAAUCCAUAAGAUACGCGAAAUCAUUAGGUAUUUUAGAAGUUCACGAGCAACACAAGAAAAGUUCAAUGAGGUAGCCCAGCUGGCGGGAGUUGAUUGCAAUAAUUGCUUAUGUCAUGAUAAUCCUCUUUGUUGGAACUCAACGUAUUUUAUGCUCGAAGUUGCUUUACAGUACAAAGAUGCAUUUUCUCUUCUACAAGAACAAGACCCCCUCUACAAAAUGUGCCCGUCUGAGGUAGAAUGGAGCAGAACAAGUGCCAUUACCAGCUAUCUUAAGCUCUUUUUUGAAGUUACUAAUGUUUUCACAGGGACAAAGUAUCCAACUGCAAAUAUAUAUUUUCCCGAGAUUUGUGAUGUUCAUUUGCAGUUGAUUGAGUGGUGCCAGAACGCAGAUGCUUAUGUUAGUUCACUGGCAUUGAAGAUGAAAACCAAAUUCGAUGAAUACUGGAAGAACUGCAGCUUGGCUUUGGCGGUUGCAGCCAUCUUGGAUCCUCGGUUUAAGAUGAAGUUGGUCGAAUAUUACUAUCCGCAGAUUUAUGACGACAGCUCAACAGAUUGCAUUGACAUUGUGUCCAACUGUAUGAAGGCUCUUUACAAUGGCCAUGCAAUAUGCUCCCCUUUGGAUUCUCAGGGUCAAGGUUUGGCUUGUCAGGUAGGGGGUGGGAAUGAAUCCAGGGAUAGGCUAACAGGCUUUGACCGUUUCCUCCAUGAAACUUCACAGAGCCAAAACACCAAGUCCGAUUUGGAUAAGUAUUUGGAGGAGCCUUUGUUUCCUCGGAAUAUGGACUUCAACAUUUUGAAUUGGUGGAAAGUUCACACUCCGAGGUAUCCCAUCCUGUCAAUGAUGGCACGCAACAUUUUGGGAAUUCCCAUGUCAAAAGUUUCAAUCGAGUCAGCCUUCAGCACCGGAGAUCGAAUGCUUGAUCAAUGCCGGAGUUCACUUAGACCGGAUACUGUGCAAGCCCUUAUGUGUGCACAAGACUGGAUGCGGAAUGAUUCUGAUGAUUCCAAAGCAACCUCUAGCCACUCUGCCUUGCCUUUGCGGACACUGUGAUGGGAAUGAGCAGGAUGGUUGGUAUGGUUUUUGUGGUUCUACUCUUUACAGCUUAGAAUUGUAUGUACCUUUAGUUAGGGACCUUUGUUUUGUUUAAUUUCUGCUCUUUUCUGUUCGACUUCUUCUGUCCCGUUUUUGCAUUCCAAACCUUAUCGGAGCUCUCUCGAGUGCUUCAGCUAGUUUUAACUAGAAAAAGGUGAAAGCCAAAAUUAAAGACAAUCAGUUCUUGUAUAUAAUUUCAGUCUAAUAUUCUUGAAGAAGACUAUCUA